AUGCUAGUGAGCAAGUACUCUCAUUCUGAGGCAUCAUUUCUUGUCAAGUUAGUUACAUUCACUGGAUGGUAUCUUGGAUUCACAAUUAUUGGAAUUCUACCUAUUGACAUUAUGAUUACCUCACAAUAAUACAAAGUUGUAGAUGAAGGAAUUAACCCUCAGAAUAUUAACUUGGAAAUGAUUUGGAGAGUAUACUAUUGGACAGCUUUUGUCAUUUGCUGGGGAUUCCUGCCAUUUUUACUAGAAUUUGUUAAGAACGGAGAAUUCACUUUUAAAGCCAAAGCCAAAUCCACACUCUUGAGGAAUGCAAAAUACUAUUUGUUUUUGAGCGUUAGUUUGAGCGAGGAGAACUACUAGGGCUCAAAAAUUGAUCUGGAGGACUUGAUAUUAAAUUUACAAUCUUUGAGAAAAAAGACUUUAGAAUAAGAAAACACUAAACUUAUUGAUGAGAUGAUAUCUAUUUGUCCUAUAGAAAUGGUUAAUAGAUCAUCUGGCUACAAAGAUUAAAAUAAUAUUGAUUCUAAAUUCAAAAAAGCAGACCGAGAGUCACUAGUAGAAUUAAACAGAUAGUUAAAGUUCCAACUAUAAGAGACUAAAAGAAGGCAAGUGACAUACGAGUAAUAGCUUGAGAAGACCUUUUUUAUUGAAGAUCUGUAUAAUAAUAUAGAAUCAAAAGAUAGAAAAAUACAUUCUGAGUUAAUCAAACUUAGAGAUGGAAAAAUUGGAUCAAUUCUGGAUUAGAUUGAAUGGGUGUGGUAUAUAAAAGUGAAGCCGACCUUAUAUAAAUUUUUGGCAUUCUUUUCAGUCCUUAUGUCAAUUACUCUAGUAAUAGGCGAACUCAUUAUUUUAUUCAAGCUAGACUUUUAGAUUUUAGAUUUAGUGCCUAAGAAUGAAAUGGGAACAUUGAUGUUCAAUAUUUUAUCAACAGCACUUCUUCUCUAUAUGAGUGUCUGUAUAUAUUUUGGACUGUUCAACAUAAAGUUUACUGCCUACUAUGAACUGCACCCAAACAAGUAAACUGACUCCUUCUCUUUACUUUACUCUGCUAAUUUCUUGACUAAGCUAGCUGCUCCUUUAUGUGUAAAUUAUUUGAAGAUGCUGCAUAUUGAAAAUACUUCCUUCCAUCAUAUGCUUGGAGCAAUGGAUCCCAUUCCAUUGAUUGGUAACCAAUUUCAAAAGAUAUUUCCGGCCACCCUUGUGCUUUUGGUUAUAUUUAAUUCGUUUGAUCUUUGGAGCAAGCUUAUGAAAUGUAUAGGACUAGAUGAAUUUGCCUUUACUGAAAUUUAUGAUGAGGAAAAAGUAGCUGAUGGAAAAUAAAUCUGCAAGCUUGAGAGAGCUGAUAGAGAAAGAGAGAUGAAGCAAUUCUUCAAUGAUUUGGAAACUCAUGGAGAUGGCAAAAACAAAAGCAAGGGAUUUUUAUACUCAUCGAAGUAUUUUAUUGAGAAUCCUCAAUGUAAAUUCUAUAGAAUACAUUAUUAGUAAGUAGAAAUGGGUUCCUUAGGUAGAGGCAAAAAACAGAGAACAGCGAACACUUCAGCUAGUGACCAAUUUAUUGACUCUGACUGA